AUGGCGGCGGCGCUGAGGGCCCGCGCGGGCCCGGCCGGGGCUGUGCCGCUGUGGCGGCUCCAGGGCCGGCGGCGCAGCUCGUUCGACGUGGCCGUGGUGGGCGCGGGGAUCGUGGGGCUGGCCACAGCCCGGGAGCUCAUCCAGCGCCAUCCCUCGCUGGCCUUGGCCGUGCUGGAGAAGGAGCAGGAGCCGGCCCAUCACCAGAGUGGACACAACAGUGGUGUGAUCCACAGUGGGAUUUACUACACCCCUGGCUCCCUGAAGGCCAAGCUGUGUGUGCAGGGGGCAGCUCUCUGCUACAAAUACUGUGACCAGAAGGGAAUUCCCUACAAACAGUGUGGGAAGCUGAUUGUGGCUGUGGAACACGAUGAGAUUCCAAGGCUCAAAGCUCUGUAUGAGAGAGGGCUGCAGAACAAUGUCCCAGGGCUGAAACUCAUUGGAGCCAAGGAAAUCCAGGAGAAGGAGCCCUUCUGCAGGGGACUGAUGGCCCUCGAUUCUCCCUACACUGGCAUUGUGGAUUACAAACAAGUGGCCCAGUCCUAUGCCAGAGACUUCCAGGAAGCAGGUGGGACAAUCUUGACUGAUUUUGAAGUCACAAACAUGGAGAUGGCCAAGGAAAGUUCUCCAGGAAGUGAAGAUGGACUGAAAUACCCAGUCAUUGUCAGGAACAAAAAGGGUGAGGAGAUCUCCUGUGGGCACAUCCUGACCUGUGCAGGGCUUCACUCCGACCGCCUGUCCAGGAUCAGCGGCUGCAGCCCCGAGCCGCGCGUCGUCCCCUUCCGCGGCGAUUACCUGCUGCUGAAACCAGAAAAGUCUUACUUGGUGAAAGGAAAUAUUUAUCCAGUUCCCAACCCUCGAUUCCCAUUCCUGGGAUUCCAUUUCACACCCAGGAUGGAUGGCAGUGUCUGGCUGGGCCCUAAUGCAGUGCUGGCCUUUAAGAGAGAGGGCUACAAACUCCUGGACUUCAGCCCUGGAGACUUUUUAGAUGCUGUAACCUACAGUGGGCUGUGGAAGCUGGUGCUGAGGAAUGUGUCCUAUGGCAUGGGGGAGCUGUACAGAGCCUUCUCCCUCAGUGCCCAGGUGAGGCAGCUGCAGAAGUUCAUCCCUGAGGUCACCACCAACGAUGUUCUCAGGGGCCCCUCUGGUGUGAGAGCCCAGGCUCUGGACAGAGAGGGGAACUUGGUGGAUGACUUUGUGUUCGAUGGAGGCACAGGGGCCGUGGGCAGCAGGAUCCUGCACGUCAGGAACGCUCCUUCUCCCGCCGCCACCUCCUCCCUGGCCAUCGCCCGCGCCAUCGCCGACGAGGCCCAGCGGCGCUUCCAGCUCUGAAUCCUGCCAGCAGCUCAGCUGCUGCCCCUCCUGGAGGACACAGAGCCACCAGGCAGCACGGCUGGGCUGUGCCCAAGCUGCCUUGGCAGAGCUCACUGCUCACAGCUCCUCGAGCUGUGGGUGCGCACAAAUCCUCGAGCGUCGCGUCGCGGUGGUGCCACCUGAGCAGGAGCAGCCUGGGAGGGUCUCCAGCCACAGGCAGAGCCUCUGGUGGGUUAUCCACGUGGAUUCCACAUGUCUGUGCUCUCAGGGUUGCCUCCCCACGUGGAUUCCCCAUGUCUGUGCCUCCUCAGAGGGGUCUGAAAAGCCAAGGGUGGCUCUGUGUGUGCUCCGACUCCACUGAAACCAGGCUGCAGUGCUCUGGAUUACAUGGAAGUAAUGGAAUAGAAGGAUAAGCCCUGCUUAAGGGCCCUGCUGAUAUGGAAUUAAAGGCUUUAUCAGAGACUCAGAACAAUAUUCAGGGCCUUCAAUGUGAAUGUAGAGUGUUUCACAGAAAAAUAAGCUUAAAGAGGAUUACCAAACCCAAGUCAAUUUAGAUCUGCAGUCCAGAUACUCUGUCUGAUCACUGUCUGGAUUUUUUAUGGAGCAGAAAUGAAAAUAUGGAUACAAACAAUCACUUUUCAUUUAAUUUACAGCUGGGAAAUCAUCACUGAUCAGAAACUUCAGCAGUGGCUUUGGGUUUCUUCCAACCUUUAAAUGCUGGUAAUGCAAAAGGAGCUGAUCUUUGUCCAGCCACUUGAGCAAUCCAGGGAAAAUGGUCUUUGGAACAGGAAAUGUGAAGGGAGGGAAGCUCCAGAAACCUGCCUUGAGUCAUGUUUGGUAUUGCUUCCCUUGGAGGCUGAGCAGGGAUGAGUCAGGAAGGUUUCCCAUUUCCCCUGAGCACAGGGGGAGCUCAGCCAGGGCUGCUGGCUCCUCUGAGCUCCACUGGUACCAAAUUUUUAUUUUACACCUGCAGGAGUCUGUGUGGACAGAGGUGUGAGGUAAACUCAGUGCUGAGCUGAGGAUCUGGGAGUGUCCUGCAGAAUUGCUGCAAAGCAGAAUUUUGUGGCCUCAGGGCCAAAGUAUUGAGGAUUUAAUAGCAGAGGCUCACAGGGUGUUGGGUAACACAGAUAAUUGUGGGGAGUUUGUACCAGAGAAUUGGACAUUAAUUUUCCCUUUAGAAGUUUUUUUCUGAGCUCCUCUGAUGGGAGUGGGUUAGCUCUGAGGCUGAUUUUACUGCACAGAUUGGAAACAUUUUUUUUGAGGGGAAAAAAGGGCUUAACCUGCCAUUUCCAAAAAUUUUUAUUUUUCCUUUAUUGUUUUUUCUCCUGCUAAAAUCUGCUUUACCAGCAAAUUGACUGCUGGAAAUUCAAAUAACCACCCUCUCAGAGCAAAGCUUUGGUCACUUCAGGCAGAGAUUCAGCUCUUCCAAGUCUUGCAGUGCCACAGGGCUGUGUAAAACUUCCCACAGUGGAACAAUCCUGUCUUCCCUCCCUGCCAGAAGUGUUGCCUAUCAACAGUAAAUCCUACAAAAGGAUUGCAAAAGCCACUUCCUCCCACACGGGGUGUGGCCCUGACAUGUAUUAACAGAAUAAAGAACAUUAAAAUGCAGACAGAGACCAGGGGCAGCCCUAAGUCAGCAUUUCCCUGUGCUCCCUGCUGUGCUUUUUCCUCUCAGGUGAUGAUUGUUUGGGGGUAAAGUUUAUUUGAAACUGAAAUGAUGAACCUUGAUGUAGCAUUCUGUGAAGCAGAAAGCUUUUCAGAGAUAAGAGUUUUGCACUUUUGUUAUAAAAAUCAGUUCAGAGAUUAUGAUAUCAGGGUUUCAGGCAUCAAUCUUGCUGCUCACAAAGUGUGAAAAUGUAUUAAUUUAUUUUCCAAAAUGAGCCUCACUUUGAUGAUUUCAUAAAUGUGCCUUUUAUGAUUAAAAUAGUGUGGUGGGGUUUUU